CUAUGCUUGUGACGUGUACAUGCGGUCACAUCCACGGGCUGUAAAUAGUCUUAAAAACCAUGACAUAACUCGUUGACACAGCGUUUAAUUAAAUCACAUUUUAGCCACCUUUAUUGUUUAUAGUUUGUAACAUUUGCUGUGAUGGACGCAAUCCUAUCCAGGCUCUUCUCCUCGGAAGAAGAGGAGUUGUACGUGUUGGACUGUCUGGGUUACUUUAUGAUUUUCAUGGCAGCCUGCACUUUCGUUGCUUUGCUUUUCCAGGAUGUCCCGUACGGACGAUACGCUCCCAGCACCGCCAGGUUUCGAGUUGAUGCCCGGAUUGCUUGGUUCGUGCAGGAGCUGCCUGCCUUCCUGGUGCCUUUCUGUCUGGUAGUUUGGACAUCCUCUUCAAAAACGUCACUACUGCCCAACCAGCUGGUCAUUGCAAUGUAUUUCUGCCACUAUAUUCAAAGAUCCCUCAUUUAUCCAUUUUUAAUCCGAGGAGGUAAACCAACCCCACUGGACUCAUUUGUGCUGGCCAUUAUGUUCUGCAUGUAUAAUGGAUACAUGCAGAUCAGGUACCUGAGCCAUUACGCUGACUACCCGGCACAUUGGGUUACACAUCCACGCUUCAUUGCAGGUUCUGUUCUGUGGUUGGUCGGCUGGCUGGUGAACAUGCACUCUGACCACAUCCUGAGGAACCUCAGGAAGCCCGGAGAGACUGGUUACAAGAUUCCCACAGGCGGACUGUUUGAAUAUGUGUCUGGAGCCAACUUCUUAGGAGAGAUAACAGAGUGGGCCGGCUUCGCUCUGGCUGGAUACUCUGUCCAUAGUACAGCUUUCGCCAUCUUCACCGCAGUGGUCCUCUCCAGCAGGGCUGUGUCACACCACAAAUGGUACCACGCUAAGUUUGAAGACUACCCGAAAAGUAGGAAGGCACUGAUUCCCUUUCUGUUCUAAAAACACUGUGGGUACUGGAAGCCUGGAAAGCCUGAAAAGUGACAUUCCCAACAUUUUACAAAACUUAGAUAAGCUCUAAAAUAAGCUACAUUUGAAGACCCAGUGCUGAAAACUGAAAAAAAAAACAGACUGCAAGCUUGUACAUUACCUCAUGUGGUUUUCAAGCAAUCAAACGGUUUACAAAAACAUCUUACCGUUGCUUCUUACUUUGGUAAUAACGCCCAUAAAGCAAAGUAACCUCAGCAACACUGAACUGUAUGUAAUUGAAAUGCUCUGUUUGCCAAAGAGGCAACAUUUAGCAUUCCUCAGGAGGAAAUAGGACGGUGAAUGGAGCGUACCUCAACAGUAAUACAGUGGAUUUAUCACUCUCUGCACCAGCAAUAAACUCUUUAAAGACUCUCCGCUGAUCUGCAUAUUCUCCCAGAUGGAAUAUAAACUCGGAAAUGCAAAGCAGACACUUAAAAGUUUCCAUCCAUUCUCAAGAGUCAUCUGUUGCCAGUGCAUCUUUUUUAACAUCCGUUGACUGAAUGAAGAAGAAGGAGAUUUAAUGAAGUCCGAACACAUGUUUCUGCCUCAUUUUGCUCCGGGUGUCGUUGCUACAAAUUCCUGCAGUGCAUCUCCGUUCUUUAAAGACUGAUACUGUAGCAGGCCUGUCCACAGCUACUCUGCUGCAGGGAAAUCGAAUAGAGGUCAAGCAUGUCCCUCAAUAACUCACCCAUGCCUGAAAAAAGAAGAGAGUGCCGCCUCAACACAUCACUCCUGUCUGGGUGUUCUGAGAAAGAGAGAACAAAUGAUUGAGUGUGUGAAAGCAGAAGCACAUUGAGCAUAAACUGAAUGAAGGAGAGGAGGGAGCCUGGGAGAAAAGAUAAGACAUAAAAAACUAAAACAAAUCUUUCCUAUUCUAUUAUUGUUUAAAAAUAACGUUUACCAUAAUCUCAUUUCCCUGAGUAAGGGCUUUCCUUAAAUCACGUCUUAUUUUUUAGAUACUAAGAAUGUGAUCUGCCUAAUGUUUGGUGUUUUUUCAAAAUAGGUUUAGUAUUAAGUGCAAUUAUCUCAUCACAAGUCAAAUCCAUCUACAAGUGAAAAUGACAUUGUUUCCAUUGAAGCCUGUCUUUUCACAAAAAGUGCAAAAAAAUCUCCCAUCACUUUUCAUAAGUUCUCCCUUUUCCCAGUUUAGGAAAUGUUACAUCAAGCCAAGGUCAUGUCACAUUUAAUGAAUGUGUUGUUUUUGAACAUUUAUAUUAUGUCAUCAUUUUUUAACAUAGCCUCAUCAAUAAAUAAAAGACCUCUGAGUAUGAUGAAAAAUGAAGGCUGUGUGUCGCUGAAGGCUAUGCAGACUGACAUCCUUCAUGUUCCCCCUCUGUCUCUCUCUUUCUCUUCCAGGCUAUUUCCUCUGUGUAUCCUCUUUGUCCAUGCUCCUUGUAAUUGCAUCACUAUAUUAACCAGCCAGUGUCUUUACGUAGCCCGCCGUACGAAUAUAAUACCCUUCAUCUUCAGGCAGCAGGCACCAAUGGAUUUUCUUUUUAUAUGCAAAGUAAUUUGCUGGACUGGCUUUCAAGAAUCAUACAUAAACAGUACAUAUGACAACCUGUGCAAAAUAAAAGAAAAACCACAACAGCAGCAGUAGAGAUGCAACAU